CUUCACUGAGCCUGUGCUUUCCUGCCUGCUUUCUCUUUCCUUUCUGGCUCAGCUUGGGACAGAGGCUCAUUCCAAAGGAGGCUCAGGUCUUGGAUUUUAGCGGCAGUGAUGGAAAAACAUGAGAAUGUUUCCUGGAUCUACCAACAGGAAGUGGAAGAUCCAUUCAAGAAAUACCUGAACAACACCGAUGACUACCUAGCUUUGCUCUGCGGGCCUCGGCGCAGCCACCUCUUCCUCCCGGUGACUGUGGUGUAUGCUCUGAUUUUUGUGGUGGGGAUCGCUGGCAAUCUCCUGGUGUGCCUGGUGAUUCUUCGACACCAGACUAUGAAGACACCCACCAAUUACUACCUCUUCAGCUUGGCUGUCUCCGAUCUCCUGGUCCUGCUUCUCGGGAUGCCCCUGGAAGUCUAUGAGAUGUGGUGCAACUACCCCUUCCUGUUUGGGCCCGUGGGCUGCUACUUCAAGACGGCCCUCUUUGAGACCGUGUGCUUCGCUUCCAUCCUCAGCGUCACCACGGUUAGCGUGGAGCGCUACGUGGCCAUCCUCUACCCGUUCCGCGCCAAGCUGGAGAGCACCCGGCGGCGGGCCCUCCGGAUCCUCGGCAUCGUCUGGGGCUUCUCUGUUCUAUUCUCUCUGCCCAAUACCAGCAUCCACGGCAUCAAGCUCCACUACUUCCCCAAUGGGUCCUUCGUCCCGGGCUCUGCCAUCUGUACGGUCAUCAAGCCCAUGUGGAUCUACAAUUUCAUUAUCCAGGUCACCUCCUUCCUCUUCUAUGUCCUCCCCAUGACGGUCAUCAGUGUCCUCUACUACCUGAUGGGGCUCAAACUGAAGAAAGACCAACCCCUUGAGGCAGAUGAAGUAACUGCAAAUAUUCAAAGACCAUCCAGAAAAUCAGUCACUAAAAUGCUGUUUGUCUUGGUCUUAGUGUUUGCCAUCUGUUGGGCCCCAUUCCACAUUGAUCGGCUCUUCUUCAGCUUUGUGGAGGAGUGGACUGAAUCCCUGGCUGCUGUGUUCAAUCUCAUCCAUGUGGUAUCAGGUGUCUUCUUCUACCUGAGCUCAGCUGUCAACCCCAUUAUCUACAACCUAUUCUCUCGCCGCUUCCGAGCAGCAUUCCGGAACGUGACCUCUCCUUCCUGCAAACAGCGGCUCUCCCAGAACCACCCACAUGGGCCAUCUGCACAGCGGAACACCUUCCUGACAGAAUGUCACCUUGUGGAGCUGACUGAAGAUGUGGGUCCCCAGUUCCCUUGUCAGCUGUCCAUCUGCAGCUCUCACCUCCCCAGAGCUCUCUGUACAGGACAGGCACCGAAAAGAGAACUCUCAAAGAGUUGACAUUCCUCUAUGGCUCCACGCAGCAGGGAGGGACAUCCCAUAACUUAUGCCUUCUUAUAUGAUAUUAAGGAGGUAAAGUGAUUCUUAGAACUUAUAUAUUCAAUUCUAGUUUUUUUUUUUUUUAACAAAUGUGAAAAUUGCUACUUAAAUCUGGAUCUAAAACCCAGAACCUCUUGAUUUUUAGUUAACGUCCCACUAUCUUAACUGCUUCAUGUCCCUUUACUAGCUCAUGGAAAGAACAUGACUAGCAAAUCAUGGCACCUAUGCUUUGAGUCAUUUCCACAAUUGGGAGUGGUUUGUCCUGUUAUUCACACUCUGAGUCAGGCUGUCAUUCUUACAACCAGUGGUUCCUGUGAGACACAGAGGGAGACUUGGAGAUGCUGUUUAUAUGAUUUGAGGGGUCCAUGCCAGUUCUUCAACAGCAAGCUCUUUACCCUCCUGCCUCAUAUUGUGCCAUUGUAAUGUGAUUCCUUGGAGUCCUGAAGCCUUUGACUUUAAGAGUCCUCUUGAUAACAUAGGAAAGCUCCUCAGAACUAUUAUUUCCACCAUCCCAAUCCCUAAGUCAUUAUCAGACAUUCCUCACCAGGGGUGGAAUCAGAUGCAAGCUGCACUUAGAGAAGAAUGGAAGAGGAAGAAGGCUAUGAUGGAAGGUCCAAAGAGUCAAACCAUACCAAACAUAAACUUUGUUGUUUCAUAAUUCUGGUCUAGACUUGGAUUUCUAAUGACUUAUGUCAUAAGUAGACAGAGGUACAUCUACUGUCUCAGAACAGAGACCAGUCAAAUG